GGUCUCACGAAGGCGAAAGCUGCCGAAGUACUUGCCAGAGAUGGACCAAAUGCUCUUUCACCUCCAAAAACUACUCCCGAAUGGAUAAAAUUCUGUAAAAAUCUUUUCGGUGGCUUUGCUCUUCUGCUUUGGGUUGGAGCAUUCCUAUGUUAUGUUGCUUAUUCAGUGGAUUAUUUCACCAUGGAAUACCCGUCCAAAGAUAAUCUUUAUCUCGGUAUUGUACUGAUGACUGUCGUCGUAAUCACUGGUUGUUUCCAAUACUAUCAGGAAAGCAAAUCAAGCAAGAUUAUGGAAUCGUUCAAAAGCAUGGUCCCGACUUUUGCUCUCGUACACCGUGAUGGACAGAAACAGCAGAUCCGAACUGAAGAUUUGGUUGUAGGAGACAUUAUCGAAGUGAAAGGCGGAGAUCGUGUACCAGCUGAUAUUCGCAUCAUUUCGGCUUUUGGUUUCAAGGUGGGGAAUUUUGCCAAAAAUGUAAAUCUGCUUUUCGCGUUCAAAAUCGCACGCAGCCAAUGA